AUGCUCCAAGACUUCGAUCAUUCGUCGGUUACGGCUCCGACAGCUGUCGUCAUUGACAACUCUGAACUCGAUCCUUCGACGUCUUCCGUCCCUCAGGAUCGUUGUCAUCAGCCCUACAAUGAUACUCAGCUCUCACAUGAGAACGCAGCAAAUACUCCUUCAACGUCCUUGGCGCAUAUUACCGAUCCAUUAACUCCGCUGCCGGAAAGAAAACGUCUCACAAAUACACGCACCUCUUUUCAUCGUCGAGCAAAUACCGAGAUUGUUCCCCGGCAGUCACAUCUCUCAGUCAAGCAACUUUUCGCCGACCAAGCCAGAACAUACGAAGACUUGGACGACCGUCAUAGAACCUCGAACUCAGGAGCGGAGAACCCUGCCAAAAAGACUUUGGAAGUGGGCGCAAAGCUCUUGUCGGGUUGGUUCCAGGGUAAAUCGGAGCCGGUAAAUCUGACCAUGGUGAACCAGCAAGUAGGUCAUGAUUUGAUGGAAAUGGCGCCGUCUGGAGCAUAUCCGAACCGUGCAUCAAAGCGCUCAACCCCCUCUUCGCCGCUGAAGCAAGUCACGUCCACAAACCCUUUCAACUUCUUCAGCUUCAAGCGUCAGGGAGAGUCCAAAAUCGAUCUCCCUGAACCGGCUGAUGACGAAUUUCUCAACAUGGAUAUCACUGCUGCCUUACUCCCCCCGGCAUCAAGUGAACUUAGCGAUCAGCAAGCAUUCGAUGCUUUGCGAGCCCAUGCUGAUAAUGUUCUAAGACAGCUGCAAGCAGCAUAUAAACAGAGGACAUUUGCAUUGCAUGAAGCUCUGGCAGACAAGAAUGAGAAGCAAGAGGAGCUUGAAGAGACUCGCACGCGGGUUGGAUAUCUCAAAGUACAGCUCGAUGGCAUGGCGGAGAAAGUGCUCCGUCAAGAAAAGGCCAUGAAGGCCAUGGCCGAAGAACUGGAGCAGGAGCGAGAAUUGCGUCGACGGGAAGAGGAGACACGCCGUCGCAGCGUGAUGCUUGUCCGCUCCAGCGACGAGGAGAGCCUGUCCGAUGUGGGCACUGAACUCCAAACCCCGAAACGAAGCUUGAAACGGGCCAGCAAUGGCACCUACACAAGCGAUUCAGGCUUUGACUCCGGUGAUGAGAGCCUCGCGGAAAGCAUUUUCUCGCGUCGAGAUGGUCUCGAGUCACCUGCUUCGACAAUUGCACCUUCACCGAAUAUAUCUCAGAUUGCGCUUUCCAUACCAACAUCAACCCCUGUCCAGCCAAGUCAAAAAGAGUCAAAGCCUGCUUCAGUACCACGCCAGUCUACGUACGACCGUGUUCUCAAGGGACUUGCGUCUACGGGCAUUACCAGUUCUUGGAUGGGCCAUUCGUCCAAGUGCAAUAUCUGCCAUGGGGUCCCAGCCUCUGAAGCUUGGGGUGUGCUGGACGUCGUAAAGGAGGAGAAUCGGGGCCUGAAGCUCCGACUCAGCGAACUGGAGCUGGUGGUAGACGAUUGCCUUAGUCUUGUUGGACCCUGA